UCCAAACAUAGCGUAAACGAUUAGUCUCUCUGAUAGAUCCAUGGAAAGUCAGAUUUGGGAGGGGAGAGAAGCCUGAGCCAUAUAUAAAAUGGAAGACUUGAGUCUUUAUUAAAGUUGUAUUCAACUUUUGAUUAUCGUCACCUUCGAGUCUUUAUUCCAAUUCAUACAUCGCAGAGUUUUUGUGCUUGCCAUGUGUUACUCAGAGCUUUUCUUGAUCCUAUCUUUCAGUGCGCUCUAUGCAAAUCUUUAACGGUCGUUUCCUUCUGGGGAAGCUCAAAUGGGAGCGAGUAAAGACUCCGUCGUUUCCUCCAGGUUGAAGAGGGAAGACUGUAAACGCACCAAACAUGACUCUGUUUUCUCCGAAUGGAAGGUUCUCAUUGGGCCUUCUGAUUGGGAAGACCACUCCCUGGGGAAGGAAGGAGCAGAGAGAUACAGAAUUCAUAACCUCCCGAAUUGUGCCUCAUGUUCAGGGCUCUAUGAGCUUGGAAUAGUUGUACUACACACCCGUUCAGGGCGUGAGACUAGUAAGUUUGAUCCAGACCAUAUAAUUCCUGUUUAUGUUGGACAAGCUGACAAUGUUAGGACUAGACUACAGUGUUAUGGGCGUGAAGGCGCUCAUUUGGAGAAUGGGAAAUCAACUGGUGAGCUGAAUGAUUCUGUCCUACAAGGGCGUGGAUUGUUUUCGGAGAUUUUCUCAAGAGGCUACUCUGUUGUGUAUAGAUGGGCCCCUAUGAAAAAUAAGAGGGAUGCUGAAAAAACAGAAGCUCAGGUCCUUGAUACUUUUGAUUAUGCAUGGAACAAAGGCGGCAAUGGUGUUCGCCGCCCUAACGAUAUCCUCAAAAAACUUGACAGAAGUACCUCGCGCAAUACCAAGUUUCACGUUAUUGUCAAGAAGCUUCAGACUUUUCGUCAGAAGAAAAUGGGUAUCAAAAUUGAAGCCUGCAAGCCACUUCCGUGGGAAAAUGUUUCCAACACAUAUUCCUAUCAGGAGAACAAUGAUCUCUUUUCUCGGAUUUUCAAAAUCGGCAGAUCACAGCCUAGACUGGUUCAAUUGAGACAUGGUUUCAACGAAGACUAUGCUAGCAUUUGUGGGGUGGCCUUGGGUCACGGAUCUGUUUGCAGAAGGCUACCAGUUGAAGGAAGGAAAAGGUGUGCUGAGCACAAAGGGUUGAAAAUCAAUGGAAAUCACCUCAAAGUUGAGUAUCGAGCUUCGAGUUUCAGCCAUGACACAAUGAAGCCUCAACUGGUUGUAGAUGAUUGUCCUGUUGGCAAGGACUCCUUUCCUAUUUGUGGAGUCGCCUUGGAUGAUGGCAUUCUGUGUAGAAGACAACCAGUGCGAGGGAGAAAAAGAUGCGAAGAGCAUAAAGGAAGAAAGAUUACAAAAUCGUUUUCUGAGUCUAGAACAAAAAAUAAACAAGGUCAUUUAUGUGAUCCGAUUUUGGAAUCCAGUACCUAUGGUUAUGAUUCCGAGAAAAUUCUAUCUAAAACCAGAAAGAUGGGCACUACUUGUGGGGUUGGUUUAAAAGAUGGGACCUUUUGCAUAAGGCAACCUGCGUUGGGAAAAAAGAGGUGUGAAGAACACAAACGGAUGAAGAUUAUUGGGUCCAAGUCUAAAUUAUUAGUUGCAGAUGUUCCCAAUGUGUUUGAUUGUUCGGGUAUCAAUUCUUGUAGUGGUCAGAAAGUAUGAUGAUAACACCUUUAUGUAUGACACCGAGGAAUUUCAUCAGACAUAUGUGGUGCUGCAUUAUGGAAUGGAUUCAUCUGUUAAGUAAUUCCGGGGUGUGAGCAGCACAAUGGGAUGACAGGGGAAUGAGCUUACCCGCCUAUAAAUGAAGAUUGCGGCUUUUAUUUUUAUUUAUUUUUCAAUAGAAGAUUGAGUGGUUGUGUCUCAGUUAUUUUUAGAUUGUUGUUGCAUGUGAGGGUUUCUUCAUAUGCACAUUGAAUAAUAAGUUAAAAGGCAUUGUUUUACAUUUAUAGA